AUGUGUAAAGAUCCAAUGACACGGAGUGACCCUGAACAGAUGAACCUUAAGAGGAGUGGCAACAACAGCUACCAACCUGGAUAUGCUCAGUUGAAGAAAAGAGAGAUGCUCUCUAAGUCACACCGCCAGCUCUGUCGAUCUCCCUGCCUGGAUCAUCCAAGUUUCUCUGGAAGCAGCAUUCUACAGGAUGGGAAGCUUGACCUGGAGAAGGAAUAUCAAGCCAAGAUGGACUUUGCUCUAAAGCUGGGCUAUGCAGAGGAACAGAUUAGAUCAGUGCUGAACAAGCUAGGCCCAGAAUCACUUAUUAAUGAUGUAUUGGCAGAGCUUGUCAGACUUGGAAACAAAGGUGAUUUGGAAGGACAGGUCAACUUGAGUCUGUUAGUACCUCGUGGGCCCAUUUCCAGAGAGACUGCAAACGCUGAGCUGUCUCUUGAAGAUGAAAUAGACAGCAGUGAUAAUUUGAGGCCAAUUGUCAUUGAUGGAAGUAAUGUGGCAAUGAGCCAUGGGAAUAAAGAAGGAUUCUCCUGCAGAGGAAUACAACUUGCUGUGGAUUGGUUUCUCGAUAAAGGCCAUAAAGAUAUUACUGUAUUUGUGCCUGCAUGGAGAAAGGAGCAAUCCCGCCCUGAUGCACCAAUUACAGAUCAAGAUAUCCUGCGUAAACUGGAGAAGGAAAAGAUUCUCGUCUUCACUCCAUCCCGAAGGGUCCAGGGCAGGAGAGUUGUCUGCUAUGAUGACCGGUUCAUAGUCAAACUAGCGUUUGAUUCCGAUGGUAUCAUUGUGUCCAAUGAUAACUACCGAGACCUUCAAGUCGAAAAGCCAGAAUGGAAGAAGUUUAUAGAUGAACGGUUGCUGAUGUAUUCUUUUGUAAAUGACAAAUUUAUGCCUCCAGAUGAUCCUUUAGGACGCCAUGGCCCAAGCCUUGAAAAUUUCUUAAGAAAGAGACCUGUUGUUCCUGAACAUAAGAAGCAACCAUGCCCUUAUGGCAAAAAAUGCACCUACGGCCACAAGUGCAAAUACUACCAUCCAGAGCGGGCCAACCAGCCCCAGCGUUCGGUGGCUGAUGAGCUCCGUAUCAGUGCCAAACUGUCCACAGUGAAAACCAUGAGUGAAGGCACCCUGGCCAAGUGUGGCAUAGGGAUGUCUGGUGCCAAAGGUGAGAUAACCUCAGAAGUCAAACGUGUGGCUCCAAAGCGCCAGUCAGAUCCCAGCAUCCGGUCUGUGGCUGUGGAGCCUAAGGAAUGGCUGCCCAUUGCCCGUAAACCUGAGGCCAGUUCUGUCCCCUCACUUGUGACUGCCCUGAGUGUCCCUACAAUCCCACUCCCCAAAAGUCAUGCAGUGGGUGCACUCAACACCCGUUCGGCCAGCAGCCCAGUACCGGGUUCUUCCCAUUUUCUCCACCAGAAGGCCUCCUUGGAGCACAUGGCCAGCAUGCAGUACCCUCCUAUCCUGGUUACCAACAGCCAUGGGACCCCUAUUAGCUAUUCUGAGCAAUACGCAAAGGUUGAGUCAUUGGGGGACCAUGGCUACUACUCAAUGUUAGGUGAUUUCUCCAAACUGAACAUCAACAACAUGCAUAAUCGAGAGUAUUAUAUGGCUGAAACAGAACGAGGGAUAUACACCCGGAAUCCCAACCUCUGUCCUGACAGCCAUAUGAGCCAUACCAGGAAUGACAACUAUUCCUCUUACAACAACCUGUACUUGGCUGUAGCAGAUGCCCAUCCCGAAGGCAGUUUGAAGCUGCAUCGCUCAGCAUCCCAGAACCGUCUACAGCCUUUUCCUCAUGGUUACCAUGAAGCCUUAACACGAGUGCAGAGCUAUGGCCAAGAGGAUUCUAAGCAAGGCCCCCACAAGCAGUCAGUUCCCCACUUAGCUCUGCAUGCCCAGCACCCAGCAACUGGAUCAUGCUCCAGCUGUCCAGGAGACUACCCCAUGCCCCCCAAUAUCCAUCCUGGGGCAACUCCCCAACCAGGCCGUGCACUGGUGAUGACUCGGAUGGACAGCAUUUCUGACUCCCGCCUCUAUGAAAGCAACCCCACGAGGCAAAGACGACCUCCCUUGUGCCGGGAACAGCAUGCCAGCUGGGACCCACUGCCCUGUGCAACUGACUCCUAUGGCUACCACUCUUAUCCCUUGAAUAACAGCCUCAUGCAGCCAUGCUAUGAGCCAGUCAUGGUCCGGAGUGUGCCUGAAAAGAUGGAGCAGCUUUGGAGGAAUCCUUGGGUUGGAAUGUGCAAUGAUUCAAGGGAGCAUAUGAUCCCAGAGCACCAGUAUCAGACCUACAAGAACCUCUGCAAUAUCUUCCCUUCAAACAUCGUUCUUGCAGUGAUGGAGAAGAACCCCCACACAGCGGAUGCCCAGCAACUGGCAGCCUUGAUUGUUGCUAAGCUUAGGGCUGCACGUUGACAUGAUAUAAUAUUUAUUCCUUUAUACGAAUAUGAAUAUUAAUAAUACACUAAUACUAUCAUAAUAGUAACUAAUAAUUGUGUUGCACUUUACAAGUUAGAGUGUUUCCUCAUGUUUAUGUCAUUUAAGUGCAUAACAACCCUGUGAGGUAGGUCUUACUAGUAUCCUAUUUGAUAGAGAAGGAAAGGGAAGCUCCAGGGAGAUUAAGUGACUUGCCAAGUUCACACUGCUAGCAAAUGACUGAGCCAAGUUGUCUGACUCCAAGCCCCAUGAUCUUUUUCACUGUACCAUGCAGGAAAAGAGGGCAAAACCCAGGGGGAGAGGCCUAAAUGCAAGAAACCACAAGGGAUUCCAUUACCAGUGUUUUCUUAGUCAAUAUUCUAUAUUAUAAAGUAUUGGUGAUAUAUCAAAUUUAGGCAGCAAGAGUGUCAGGAUCAGAUUGUAUGUUUAACUUUUUAAGAUUUUUCAAUAGUAAUAUUUAAAGCUAUAUAAAAGUAAAUACAUACUUUAUUGCAUGGAGAGCUGAUCAUUCAAUAUCUUUAGUUACUAAGCUAUAGGGUCACAUAGAAACUUCUAGAGCUAUAUUUCAAAACUACUAUUAGCAAUUAUAUUGCAUGUAUGAAUGUAUGUAUUCAACUUGAGAUGUAUAUCUCUGUAGAGCCUUUUAUGUAGUGAUGCUGAGCAGGUAGGCUCUGCAGAGUUCUUAGUCUAUUGUUGUGUAGAUCAUGAAUCUGACUUGAUGAUUUUAUCUCACAUUUCAUAAUUUUAACUAGUUUUGAAAGUGAAAUUACAUGCCAGUAUUUGAACAUGGCUUUCUUAAGCACCAGAGCAAAUCGGUUCUGUUUCCUUUGCACUUUUUACAUGUCAACAUUUAUUGACAGUUCUUAACUUUUAAGUCUCUUCACCUCAGAAAAUUUGAGAAUGGGUUGCAGCCUUCUGCAGAGAUGAUGGAUAAACUAAAUUUCCAAGCAUAUAUAUAUAUGCUGGACAAGCACAGAGGAGUCUGACCAGAAACAAGGGACUUACUACCAGAGUCUGCUCCCCUACUCCCAGGAGAAAUGGCUACAUCCAUAUGGCAUUAAAUGAUGAACACAAAACUUUUACUCAAGGAAGGACUAAUGGAUGCUGUUUGGAUUUAUGACCUAUGCAGUAUUCAACAUCACAAGGAUGAAAUGUAAUGGAGGACAGUGGCCAGCCAUGUAAUCUACUUUCUCCUGCUGUCUACCCUUUGGGCAAUAAGGUCAAUCAUCGGUGGAGCAGAAUUUCUUUAGGAAACCAAACCAGGGAUUUUCUAGGUGGAAAAAUGCAGCAUCCUAAAGGGGAUGCUGCAUCUUCACUAAAAGCUGGCUCGGUUAUGCACGCCAAAUCCUUGCAAAGAGGGCGCGUUUGCUGUUAGAUAUUUCUUAAAUGCGUUACUAAAGAAAACAAGACUUUUGGGUGGGGGGGGCAUA